AUGGCGAACGCGAACGUUUCAGAGCGAGGAAGCUCACCGACAGCGGGUGAUUUGAACGACCUUUUUGAUUAUGAUAUCGGCUUGGAUGAGGUUAUUCCGGAUAACAAUGUACCAAAUACCAACAGCACCAAGGCCUCCGGGACAGGUGAUUCUGCACUUGGUUUGGGUCUCGACGAAGAAGUCAAAGUCGCAAAGAAACGACAACCUAUCGCCAAAUUAGAUGAGCACCGUCUACUCUCGCAACCGGGCAUACCCAAAUUGCGACGUACUGCUAGACAGAAGCUGAAAUUCAAGGGCAAGGGACACGAGUUCAAGGACGCCGCACGUCUGCUCAACUUUUACCAGCUAUGGCUCGAUGAUCUAUUUCCACGCGCCAAAUUCGCAGACGGUCUGACAAUGAUUGAGAAACUGGGACACUCAAAACGCAUUCAGGCCAUGCGAAGAGAAUGGAUAAACGAGGAGAAACCGAGACUUUUCGAUAGCUCUGGACCCACGCGAGAGGAGCUCGAAGGUCGCCACGUCCCUGAGAACCAUGCAGAUUCCAACCAUAGCCCAGCCGCGGGUAGUCAGGACAAGGAAGGGAUUGCCGACCAAGACCUGUUUAUUCCAGACCCAAAUGAGAGCGCGCGGGCUACGAUCAGCUACCCCGAGCCUGGGCCCGAGGACGACGAUGAUUUGGAGGAUCUUCUCAGAGAACAGGAUGAGCCAAUGACUGAUUCCCCCCCCAACAUGCGUGCCUCGUCUGCACAGGUACCAGGUGACGAUAACGACGACUAUGAUGCUGAAUAUGAAGUGAUGAAGGAGCUUGGGAUGUAG